CAAAGUUUCCACCUCUUCACCUCCUCCUGCCUCCUCUUCACCUCCUCUUCCUCGAGUCCAGUCGCUCCGACACCUUCCGCAGAACCAUGAGUGAGAUCCCGCCUCCCAGUCCCAGUGGGGCCGAGGACACUGGCGAGGAGAAGGACUGGGCCGAGGCCAAGGCUUUCUUUGACAAGCUCAAAAGCAACAAACCCAGACCUCCCAAGCCGCAGUACGCCGUCACCAUCGCCGUGUCCUCCCGCACCCUCUUCAACAUGGUGGCCGAGAGGAAGAUCUACGAGGAAGAGGGGGUCGAGAAGUACGUGGCCUACCAGGUGGAGCACGAGUCCGAGCCCCUGGAACCAGGAGCCGCCUUCCCCUUCGUCAAGGCGCUGAUGAACGUCAACGCUCGGCUGAGGGAGCUCUACCCCGACAGCGAGGAGCUGUUUGACAUCGUCUUGAUGACCAACAACCACGCACAAGUCGGGGUGCGCCUCAUAAACAGCAUCAAUCACUACGAUUUGACCAUCGAGAGGUUCUGUAUGACCGGAGGCCAAAGCCCAGUGGGUUACCUCAAGGCCUACCUGACCAACCUGUACCUCUCCAAGGACGGGGAGAAAGUGACAGAGGCCAUAGAGCAAGGAAUCGCUGCAGCCACGAUGUUUACGAUGGACACCCAGAGUCAGCUGAGCGACACUCAGCUCCGGGUGGCGUUCGACGGAGACGCCGUCCUCUUCUCCGACGAGUCUGAGAUCAUCGUGAAGAAACACGGCCUGGACACUUUCUUUGAGCACGAGAAGGAAUUUGAGAACAAACCUCUUGCUCAGGGUCCUUUAAAGUGUUUCCUGGAGGCUCUGGGGAAGCUCCAGAGAAAGUUCUACGCCAAGAACGAGCGCUUGAACUGUCCCAUCCGCACCUACCUGGUGACGGCCCGCAGCGCCGCCAGCUCGGGGGCUCGCGUCCUGAAGACCCUGCGCAGCUGGGGCCUGGAGAUCGACGAGGCCCUCUUCCUGGCAGGCGCUCCUAAGGGCCCCCUGCUGGGGAAGAUCCGGCCCCACAUCUACUUUGACGACCAGAUGUUCCACAUCGAGGGCGCCAGGGACAUGGGAACCAUAUCUGCACACGUGCCCUAUGGGAUCGGACAGAAGUACCACAAGGGCAAACUCAUCGAGCAGCCCGCUAAAAAGGAAUAAUUAUUUUCGAAGCAAGAGUUACACCAUUAUGCCUUACACUACUUCCCUUACUGCCGUUUUAGAAGAGAAGCAACGGAUUCCUCACCUGUUGUGACCACAUCUCUGUUCCUGUUUACCUUUUGAACCGUGUGCCGUUAUACCAAUGUGUAGUUUAUUUUAUAUAUCUUGCAUUUGGCUUUUGGAUCUUGUCAUAUAUUACAUAAUCACGUUGGGAUAAUGCUGUUUAUCUGCUGUGGUCCCUGUUUCUUCUACAUUGGGUCUAUUAUAGUAACAUCACCAGCCAGGUUGAGGGUAAAUUUCCAACUGCAGCUAACAUUUUUUGUUGUCUCACAUUUAAUGGGUCUCGGAAACGUCAGGGUUUUAUUUUAUUUUAAAAAGACGUUUAUCAAGCUAGCAUCUAAUAGGAUUAAAAACUGUGCAACAUUACACUCGAACUUUCACGGUCAUCUCUGAGUUGUUUACACUUAAAGCUAUUUGUACGUCGGGCAUCGCACUGUAACCACACGUUGCUUUCAUGCUUUUAUACGAGAGUGACAACACGAUGUAUGUAUGCUGGAGGCGUUUUUAUGUAUUUUAUAUUGCUAAAGCUCUAAAAAUGUAUAAAUAUCUGAAUAUCAUCCAGGAGUUAAACAGUUACACUUGAUUGUAAAUAUAUCAACACUGAUAAUAUUUCUCUCUAUUAUGCAUGUAUCGUUCUUAUGUUGCAGUAACACAGUAAUAUUUUUACACCAUUUGACUUUUUCUAUGCUCUGAUGUGUGUGUUUUGAAAAAAAAUGAUGUGGUAGAUAAAUAAAGAA